AUGAGCGACUAUCGACUACGAUUUCGACACGAGAAACAGACUAUUAUUGUCGAAGGUCAACAACAUGAUAAAAAAGUCUUGAUACAAUAUGCAUUCAGUGAUGAUCCAAACGAACAGCAACAAUUAUUUGCAUCAUACUAUUAUCGCGUAGCUACAAUGCCACGUGUAACACGAAUUCGUGAAAUGUUACCCGAUAAAUUAGGAUCAAAAUUAUUGUUACGCUUUUUGCUUCAAACUACUAAACAGAUCAUCGAAGCCGAAGCUGCCCUGCUUGAACUUAAAUCUACCAACGAUCCUGCUGCUGCAGUUCGUUUCUAUUCACUUAUUGCUCAUCGACCAGAAUACAAUGUUGAUCUCAUAAAGAACCGUCGAGUAUUGACCGAAAAAAUUGACUUAUGCCAAAUGCUUCGAGAUAUGCUCACAGUUAAUGAACUAACCAAUUGGAACGUUAAAGCAUCGAUCGAAGCUAAAUAUCGAGCAUUAAAAUGUCACAUUGAAACAGUGAAUAGUUCAACAUCUGAAUUUAAGAAUGUUGUUAAACUCAUUCAAUCGUCAACAGACAGGUGA